GACACGGGACCCACAUGUGUUAUCUCUCUGUCCUCGAAUCUGGCAUCCCAGGGACAGCCAGGGUCCUCUUUGAAGGAGAGCAAAUGGAUAUGGAAGCAGGAGAUGAUAGAUUAAGAGGAGGCGUGGCAUGGACGGUUGGGGAGCCAUGGAGGCCAAUGGGACAGAGAGAUGCUGGAGCCUCAGCUCCCCCUUCUUCCCAGUCCCAGGUAGAGAAGUCAGUCUGCUGCCUGCCAGGAGACCUGUCAUCUGGGCUGAACAUGAAGCGCUUGUGGCAGAUUUCUGUCCUGUGGGGUUUCUGGGUGCUCAUCUCGUGGCUGAUAACCCCCUGCCUGGAUCCCAAUCCUGAAUCAGCACCCCAGGGAAAGCUGAUGGUCUUGGUACCAGGGUAUUGCAACUGCCCUUGGUUCCAAUUCAGGAAAAGUGGCUGCCCGUCUGAGACUCUAAACUCCUCCCUCUGCUACCAAAGAGUUGGAGAGUGGGGCUGGUUUGCUGAAUGCUUUCAGAAGACGGUGGAGUACCUGACGAUGGGGGCCACAGAGUCCAUGACCCCUGAUGCUGUGCUCUGGUGGCUGGGUAUCAACUCAGUGAGUGGGCUUGGCAAAAUGUGGGAAAAGGUGUUCAAGGUGAUUCACAGACCCUCGGUGAGCCACUUCCAUCUCUACUGUGGAACUUGUACUUUGUUGGGGAACUCCAAGAUACUGCAGGGCUCUGGACUUCGCAACAAUGUCAACCAAUGGACCGCAGCCUUCAGGAUGAACCCAGACCCUGUCCAGAGCACUGAGAUCAUGGGAAACCAAACCACAGGACGCUUCAUCUCUCCCGGGAAGGCCAGCAGCCAGGGCUCUUGGAGACAGCCGGUGCUGCCGCUGAAGCUUUCUGGGCUGGCAUGGACUUCAGAUGCUCCAAGUAUAACCAGGACAGCUGGCUGGAUGACCAGGGUCAGUAUGCAUCCUUCGGGCUCAUGGCUCUGUUCUGUGCCUUGCACAUCUGUGACCAGGGUCACACGCUGAACUUCUUGGUGUUCCCUGAACACCAGCUGCCUUCUGUCUUUUCACACACUGCUGCCUCUGACUGGAAUGCCCUUCUCUUGUGUCCCUGGGGAAUUCUCUCUUCCUCUAAUAUGAUGAGGAGCGGCUGGUUGAUACUAUUUUCUGGGCUCGGAGGGUCCCUCUGUGUGUUCAGAGUAUGUCUUCCCUGGAGAUGAGCUCUGUUCUCCCCCCACUCCAGGAGGCAAUCUGUCACACUUGAUGUUGAAUGAGGGGAGCUGAGACAGACAGGAUUCAGCCUACUGACACAUAC